ACGUAUUUUCCAUUUCCAAACCCCAUGCUUUUUUUUUGAUCUUUGGCUCGUUAUCUAAUGUUUGAAAGUUAACUAAAUCUGUAAAAAAAUUAAAUACAUAACAUGGGAGGAAAGAAUAAACAGCGAACGAAAGGAAACGUCCGGCCGUCCAGCAGCGGGCGGGCUGCCGAGUUGCUGGCCCGGGAGAGUGGUGUCGUUCCCGGGUUCGUGGGGUUCGGCACCACAACGACCACAGAGCCGGGCUAUGUGCCUGCUGUCCAUGGGGCAGAGGAGAUUGACAACCUGGUUGAUGCUGACUUUCGCCUGGUGUUGAGGAAACUAUCUAAGAGAGACACAGUCACCAAACUGAAGGCAGUGCAGGAGUUUGGGGCAAUGUGUCAGGAGCGGGACUCAGAGGUCGUUAAAGGAGUUCUGCCUUACUGGCCCAGGAUCUACUGCAAGAUCUCAAUGGACCACGACCGACGUGUGAGAGAGGCCACCCAGCAGGCGUUUGUACAACUGGUCCUGAAGGUGCGGCGUAGUCUAGCUCCCUACCUGAAGAGUGUGAUGGGCCACUGGCUGCUGUCUCAGUGUGACAGCUAUCCUCCCGCUGCCUCUGCUGCCUGCCAGGCCUUCAGCGCUGCCUUCCCCCCCAGCAAACAGGCUGAGGCUCUUAGCUUCUGCAAGGACGAGGUCUUCACUGUACUUCAAGACAACUUGCUGAAGGAGACGGCAGACACCCUCAGUGACCCACAGAGUGUUCCAGAGGAGGAGAGGGAGGCGAAGUUCCUCCGCCUGCUUACCAGCUCUCUACUUGGGGUGAAGAGACUGCUGUCCUCCUUACCCCAGACAGACGCACACAACCUGCAGGACAGACUGACACACCUCCUCAACCAGGCCAAAUUCUGGAAGUACAGCAGACACAAGACCCCACAGGUGCGUGGUGCUUUCUUCGAGGUGGUGUCUUCCCUGUGUGAACUCACACCAGGUCUGGUGCAGACGGAGGCUGCCAGAGUCUGUCCUGCUGUUCUACUGUCUAUAGACGACACGGACCCUGUGGUGCUGCCUCCUCUCUGGGAAGCUGUGCUCCACACGCUCUCCACCUUAACAGACUGUUGGAGUCAUGUCAACGCCAGGAAGGCUGUUCUGCCUAAACUGUGGUCCCUGUUAAAGGAUGGGGGUAAAGGUUUAGCCACAGCCCUCCACCCUAACCUGCUACCCCUCAUCAGUAAACUACCCUCUGAGGUCACUACACCUAACCUAGACUUCUACACGACCUUCUGCAGCUGUCUCAUACAAGGCUUGUCCAGUGAGCGUGCUAUGUCCAGUCCGUCAGAGAGUGCUGCUAUAGUGGUGUCGGCAGUAGAGUGUUUGAGAUACACUCUGUUACAGAACACUGGGGAGGAGGAGGAACACACACGGAUACGCACCAUGCUCCUAGAACAACAGCUCCUCCCCCUCAUCGACAGUGCCCUGGGAAGCCCCUCCCUCCAAGCCGGGCCCCUUUUCCCAUUGGUUACGGACAUGCUCGUCUCCUGGGAGAAGAGGGCUGGACUUCAAGAUGUGGGUGUGCUUAGCGAGGGAGAGAACGAGGUUGUCUUUGAUAGGCUGCUGGCAGACUUCUGGGAGGGGCUUAGAGUGAUGUUCGCCCGUCGUGUACAGAGUGAGAGUCUGGAGCAGAAAGACCUAGAAGGAAUGUCCUCGCUGUUACAGGUGAUGCAGAGUCCAGUGAGUGCAGGCAGGAAGCAGACCAAGAAGAAGAGAACGGUGAAGAUCUGUUUCUCUGAGCCAGAGAGUUCUGGUUCUCCAGAGGAAGAGGAGGAGGUGGCGCUGAAGUAUGCCCAGCUGGAGGCCCCUGAGCUGGGCCAGGAGACGGCCGAGGGCCCCCUGAAGAGCUGGCACCUGGAGGAGAUUGUCUGUCAGCAGGCACAGAUCAGUUACUCCCGUGUGAAUGAUAAGAACUCAGAGAGACACCUGGUGUACCUCUCUCUACUUCUUCGCUCCUUCCAUACCCCCAGGGUCUUCACCAUGCUGCUCGUCUCAUCAGAAGAGGAGAAAUUAAAAGGGGAGGAUGAGCAGAAGGCAGACGGAGGAGGGGGAUGUGGGGUGCCCCCCCCCGGUAACCCUGCUGUACGGUUUCUAUUGGAGCAUGUGGUGCUGUGGCUGGGGCAGGAGGACAGGAGAGACACCAGCUACCUGGUAGAGAUGGUGUUCAGUUCUCUACGCUGUUGCAGUCCACAGGAGACUACACGCAUCCUCAACCAUAUCACCACGAUGGAUCUAAAAUGGGGAGUUCUUCUCCAGAUCAUACAAAAGGCGUGUGCUGACCCUGUAUCUCUGCAGGCGUGUGGUGAUUGGUUUAAGGGCUCCGUUCUGGGUGAGCGGCUGCUGGGGUUGGCUGAGGAGCUGUGUGAGGCGGGACUAAAAGGCUCCGGCUCCGCCCCUAAUAGGGACAGCUGGGCUCUGAUCAGCCUAGCACUGUCUCAGCAUCAUAAUAAUGAGCCCCUGAUAGGAGCUGUGUACGUGGAGAAGAUGAUAGCCAAGCUCCAUGCCACCCUGUCCGCGGCUAAAGGUCUGUCUGAGAGGGGUAAUCUGGAGCCGCUGGUGUGUCUCAUCUGUGAUGUGGCCUCCACGUUCUUCACCUCCGUAACACACUGCCUCCUCCUGGCCUCCGCUGAGGAGCUACUGCUGACGGUCUUCACACUCACCACACAGGACCCGACACACACACACCUGUCAGACUCCCUGCUGAAGAAGCUGAGUCAGGCGUGUCAUGCCGGUGUCCUCUCAUUGGUCCAUCACUCGGGGUCAGAGGUGAAGGAGGGUAGCUUCCUAUACAGCGCUGCAUUCUGGGUCAAAACCCAGCUGCUCACCUCCUCCCUGGGAGUCAAAAGUCUGCAGGUAUUGAUUCUAGCAGUCCAGAGGCUAGCUGACUCACUGAGAUCUGUUGGUCAGCGAGGCUCCGCCCUCCUCUCUCAGUUCCUCUCCUUCCUGACUCCCAGCCAAUCAGAGUGGAGCAAGAUCAGACGGGCCCUGCCCCCUCAGUGGGUGAGGUCUCCCCUGCUGUCUGGACGUCUGAGGAUGGUCUGUGACUACCCCUGUAUGGAGGUCUGGAAGGUCAGAGGCUCAAGCAGACUGCCUGCCCACCUGUGUGUGUGUGCCCUGCUGACCAGAGUGGUCUAUAACACAGAUAUGACUGUUACUGCUGGUGCUGCUAUGGCUGCAGUGUGUCCAGACGACCAGGAGGGGGCAGGAGACUACAUGAAAGACUUCAAACACACAGUUUGUGAGCUACUGUAUGCGGUGCAGUGGUGCAGGGAGAUGGACUACAGCCCUGCUCUAGUAACAGAGUACUACACUAUGUUGAAGGACUGGGACCUAACAGACCGUAUAGACAAUCAAGGACCAGCCACUGAUAUACUGGACACACUCUACAGCAGAUCACUAGAGGAGGGGGGACUGUGGUCUCUGACUCUACAGAACUACAUACACACCAACCACGUGGCUGAAACAGCUGGCACCAUCAACACACUCUGUGGCAGCCCUGACAGUCUGUUCCCCCUGUCAGAGAGCAGGCUCAGUACUCUACAGGUGCUGUGUCCCUAUCUGACCACAGAGGAGAGAGAACGUGUCAUUUCCCUGGCUACCGCUGGCAUACUCAACUGGCAGGAGGACCACAGUGUUUGUGGGUGUGUGUCGGUGCUUUUGUGCUGUCUCAAGGCCUCGACACCAGUGCAGGAGGAGCUGCUAAUAGCUGUACUGGCCACCAUGAUGGAAUGGAGAAACAGCAAAGAAGACUGGUUCCUAUUCAGCAGUGACCUGUCCAAGACGACCGCGUCCCAGCUGUCUCUCAGCGUGGAGAUGAUGCGUUUCCUGUCCCGGUUGGUGACUCAUUUUCCCACAAUCCUCGGGGGCAGCCAGUGGGACUUCCUGCUCUGCUCCAUGCUGGCCUGGCUAGAGACGACUAGCGAUAAUGUGGGGUGUCUGUGGAACCCCUGGGUGCAGUUGUUGGUGUGUGAGACCUGUGAGCUGAUCGUGCAGCUGAACCAGUUCUUCACAGCGCCCCCGCCUGGUGUGGAUGACCUACUGCCCUCAGAGCUGACCGCAGAGUGGAACGACUUCUUCAUAGAGGGGAUAUACAGCCUGAUGCUGCCCAUGCCUGGCAAGAUCACCGAGGCCUUCAAGGAGCCAGACGAUCCACUGUUCCCAUUGGCUGUCCUGCGGUCUGUGGGCAUGGCUCUGACCUACGUCCCGCUGCAGCAGCUUACCCAUAAUUCCUUGCCAGCGCGGUUCGUGGCAGACCAAAAGACAAGCCUACCUGAGGCACUGCAGACCCUACUCAACACACUAACUCCUUUGUUGCUGUUCAAAGCCAGACCGCUUCAGCUCACUGUCUACCACAUUCUAGACAAGGUAAUGCCUACUCUCCCAGAGUGUGAUGGAGAGGGAGACGACACCAAGCCAGAGGACGAUGGAGAGGAACCGUGUCUGUCUCCCCCGGCAGCUCUGAUGACCCUCCUGUCUACGUGUGAGGAGUUGUGUGAGAGCAUCAUGGUUGGAGUGUGUGUCGGGGAGUUUGCAGUGGUUCAACCUCUCUCUGUGGAAUACUCCUGUAUCCUGGCCUACCUGCUGGCCUGGAAACUACUGCUGUCCUUCUUCAAGGCUUCUCCCUCCCACCUGCGUGUCCAGUACUCUCUCUAUCUAAAGAAGUCCCUCCACAAGCUCCUCCUCCACCUGUUCAGACUGAUGCCUGAAAACCCCGCCUACAUCGGCCAGGGGGUGGAGCCUGUCUCCAAGGAGACCAAGACAUUCUUCACAGAGAGCCUCUCUCUGGACGUCAACAAGUCGUCCGGUAUCCAAUAUGAGCUCUCCCACCUGGCGUGUUGUGUGUACUACAGUGCGGUACAGGACCUGCCUGCCAUGGUUAGGUUGUGGUGGACCAGUCAGGAGAAGAGAGUUAGCCACACGGUGGAUAAGUUCACAGGACGAUACGUCUCGCCUGUCCUCUCUGCUCAGGAGAUCUCCUCUGUACACGCCAGCACACAGACCUUCGACAGCAUGACUGUGAAGGCUCGUUCGGCAGCGCGGGAGGUGAUCGCCACCUACUCAGUGGAUGAUAUCUUCAUAGAGCUGGUGAUCCAGCUACCACAGAACUAUCCUCUGGGCUCGAUCACAGUCGAGAGCGGCAGGAGGGUGGGGGUCGCUGUACAACAAUGGAGGAACUGGAUGUUACAGCUCAGUACAUACCUCACACACCAGAACGGCAGUAUAAUGGAGGGCCUGGCUCUGUGGAAGACCAACGUGGAUAAGAGGUUCGAGGGAGUAGAGGAUUGUAUGAUCUGUUUCUCUGUGAUCCAUGGAUCCAACUACUCUCUGCCCAAGAAGGCCUGCCGCACCUGCAAGAAAAAAUUCCACUCUGCUUGUCUGUACAAGUGGUUUACCUCUAGCAACAAGUCCACCUGCCCUCUGUGUAGAGAGACCUUCUUCUAGCAACAAGUCCACCUGCCCUCUGUGUAGAGAGACCUUCUCCUAGCAACAAGUCCACCUGCCCUCUGUGUAGAGAGACCUUCUCCUAGCAACAAGUCCACGUGCCCUCUGUGUAGAGAUGUUCUCCUAGCAACAAGUCCACCUGCCCUCUGUGUAGAGAGACCUUCUCCUAGCAACAAGUCCACCUACCUUCUGUGUAGAGAUGUUCUCCUAGCAACAAGUCCACCUGCCCUCUGUGUAGAGAUGUUCUCCUAGCAACAAGUCCACCUGCCCUCUGUGUAGAGAGACCUAAUUGAAACUAUGUUACCAUGGAUACACAGAGUCACUGUUCCGUUGCUAUGGCUGCACAGAGACAGUUUGGUUGUAUAUUUGUACGUAUCUCUCACCACAACCUUCUUAUAGAUCAGUGCUUCCCAAUAGUUUUAUCCCGGGACCCAAAUUGAUCCAGGUUUUCUGUCGCGAUCCAAUAUUCACAUUGUGAUUUUCUUGUUGUUGUCGCCAAAAUGCAAUUUGGAAAACUAUUUUAAAUACUAUUUUGACAGUAAAUGUAGCAAUUAUAUUUAGAUUUCCCCUUUUGUCAUUAAUUCCAUAUUGCUCACGAUCUUGACGAAGAAUACAACCUGCUAAAUCACACAGCUAAUAGCUUUAUAUUGAAACUAUGUUACCAUGGAUACACAGUCACUGUUCCAUUGCUAUGGAUGCACAGAGACAGUUUGGUUGUAUAUGCUAAUAGCUUUAAAUUGAAAAUACUGAGAUUGAAGAAAUUUUUAAUUUUCAGAGUAUUAAAACUAUUUAAAUGUAACGAUAAUCUUUUACAUACCUUCUACCUGGUAUUAGUUGUUUCAAUUCAGACGAGUAUCUCAACAACAACAACAACCCCCCCCCCAAAAAAAAACAUGUUUAAAAAAUAAAUAAAUAUUUUCACUCAGAAACCCGUGACACCAUUCAAAACCUUUGGGUUUAGACCCAACAGUUGGCAACCACCGCUAAUAGAAGCUCUUUUGACAGCGGUUCUAACUCGAGCUAAGAGUUGAGUCGUAAAGACAUCUUUUUUUUAGAUGUAAUAAUGUUUUAUGUCCAGUAGCCAAUGAGUUCCAAGGAGCCAGGAAUUGGAUCAGCUCUGACGGUGACGGGACAGACGGAGGACCGGAGGACAGACGGGUUGUGUUUCCUGCCCCGACUAGACUACUGACGCAUGCCAAAUCUCACAACGUCAGGAUAUGUGUUUAACCACAUCACAUGUUAUAGCAAUCUGAUGCCCGACUGCACGGUCAAUGACGUGGCACGCAACCAUUGGUUGAUGAUGCAGUGCAACGCCCGCGCUUCUAAGUCGGUGCGCGAUCUCGACCAGGAUGUUCAGUCUGAAGGAUGCAAUCAAUUCACUUCGUCAUUUGGUGUGAUUGACAGAGCGCAGUGAUGUAAUGUAAUACAGCCUGAUGAAACACAAAGUGGAUUAAUAUGAGAUAAAAUAAAGAGGAUUUAUAUAUCAGAAACUUAAAUCUCUCUUGUGAUGAUGACAAAGAUACUAUUACUUGAUUGUAUUUUAACGCAGUAUAAUAACAGAGAGAGAGAGAGAUAACUAUAGCCUCGCCCCGGAUCUGUUUGUGCUCUUGCAAACUCCAUUGCUCAUUGUCAAGCCAAAACAUGAGAGAUUUACAAGGAGUCGGCAUGACAACGCCAACAGACUUGGCGGCGUGACAGCGCAGACUGGCACGCUGGGGGGUAGUGGAUCUGCUCUGCUCUUUAUUCCAGCCUUGUUGAUGUGGUACAGCGUGAAUGAUGUCUAUUCCUCUGUCUGUCUGGUUGUAAUCUGACUGUUCUCGUGGUGUUGAAAUGAUGCUUCAUUAACCCAGUAAAACAGACAACUCUG